AAAAACUCGCCCAAAUUCACUCGCCGCUAUUGUGUCUCAUAACGGCGGUGACGUCACCCGAGUCUCUCGCGUACGGUUGCCAGGGGUGACGGGAUGACAUUUCAGACGAUAAAACAAACCCCUCAGAAGCCAAACUGAGGACACUGAGUUAAUCUAGUUUUUUUGUGAGUUUUUUGCUUUUAAUUCAGACCUAAACCCAACAAAGUCGUCUAAAAGUCUUUCCUCAGACAAUAACAAAGACCUGUAACGUAACGUUGAGCUUUCUGACAUGGAGGAUUCAGACACGAGAGAAAAAGUGCUCAAAACAGAAACUACGGACAAAACCAUGCGUCCCUCAGAGGCCUACAUGGACCCUUAUGACAGAUGUGUAAGAUAUAUGGAAAGCCACUGUAUCCUCCAGAUAUUCCAGGAAAUCACAGAGAAGCUGGUUUAUGACAUGCCAGAUGACCCCCUGCAGUUUAUUUUUGAGCAGGUCCAGGAGAAGAUUAGAUCUCGGGAUGAGUCCAGCGUUAAAGCUGAGAAACCUGAAUAGGUUUCUCAGGAAUUGGACACAAUAAAGACCGUGCUCAUA